AUGAAUCGUUACCUCCCUGUAGCCAGACAACACUUUCUGGCAGCUUUAGCCAGCACUAGCGUCGUGGUGAAAUCCAUUAGUGCUGUUGUUGUCUUGCUCUAUCUCCUAUCAUUUGCAGUGGACACCUCUUACGCCUUAGGAAUUACGCCAGGCUAUCUGUUCCCUCCUAACUUCUGGGUUUGGACUUUGGUGACUCAUGGCGUUGUGGAGGAGCACAUAUGGGGUGCGGUUGUUAACGUUGGGACAGUGAUGACAUGCGGACGCCUCUUGGAACCUCUGUGGGGCGCUCUGGAGUUGCUGAUUUACUUUGCGGUGGUGAAUGUUGCUGCCGGUCUACUAGCAGGGCUGUCCUACAUGCUAACGUAUGUGGCUACUUUUGACUUGGACUUCCUGUUUGCGGUGAGGGUUCAUGGAGCAGCCGGGUUUUUGGGAGGAGUUCUGGUGGCGCUGAAGCAGACGAUGGGAGACACAACAGUACUCAGAGUGCCGCAGGUGCGGUUAAAAGCGGCCCCCGCCCUGGUUCUCCUCCUCCUGUCGUUGCUGCGUCUCUCCGGGCUCGUGGAGAGCGCCGCCCCUCUGGCCGCCUACAUGUAUGGCGCAUUGUCGGGGUGGGUGUACCUGCGCUUCUACCAGAGACACAGCCGGGGCAGGGGAGACAUGUCGGACCACUUUGCCUUUGCCAGCUUCUUUCCCGAGGCGCUGCAGCCGGCCGUGGGGCUGCUGGCCGGCCUGGUGCACGCAGCGCUUGUCAAGAUCAAGGUGUGCCGCAAGAUGGUGAAGAGAUACGAUGUGGGGGCACCGUCCUCCAUAACAAUCAGUCUGCCUGGGACCGACCCCCAGGACGCAGAGAGGCGGAGACAACUGGCUCUUAAAGCUUUGAACGAACGUUUGAAGCGUGUGGAGGACCAGUCGUCGUGGCCAAGUAUGGAUGACGAGGAAGAUGACGAUGAAGACGAACUCAGAACACACUCCCAGCCUCUACUUCCUGUUUCUUCUUCCUCUUCUGGACCAAUCACAGCCUCUGGCACGCACAGCAGCACAGCACCAUCAGCACCAGAGUCCAGUAUCAUCAGCUUUGAGGACGCAUCUUCCAGAUCGCGUGGCUCAGCGCUCGUGCCCGCCACCCCUCCCCCAGCUGCGCGCUCCCGAGGCUCAGCUCAUUGUACCAGACAGACCGAGAAGGAGCCAGCGUUCUCCAGUUCUAACGAGCUUCAAACGCUUACAAACUACAGAGAGAUGGCUGCGAUCCGUAAGAAGCUGGUGAUUGUGGGCGAUGGUGCGUGUGGGAAAACCUGCUUGUUGAUAGUCUUCAGUAAAGACCAGUUUCCUGAAGUGUAUGUGCCCACGGUGUUCGAGAACUAUGUCGCCGACAUCGAGGUGGAUUCAAAACAGGUGGAGCUGGCCCUCUGGGACACAGCCGGGCAGGAGGACUAUGAUCGACUCCGGCCUCUGUCGUAUCCAGACACUGAUGUCAUCCUCAUGUGUUUCUCCAUAGACAGCCCCGACAGUCUGGAAAACAUCCCUGAGAAGUGGACUCCGGAGGUAAAACACUUCUGUCCAAACGUUCCUAUUAUACUGGUUGGAAACAAAAAGGACCUCCGCAACGACGAGCACACGCGCAGAGAGCUGGCCAAAAUGAAACAGGAGCCAGUGAAGCCAGAGGAGGGCCGAGAAAUGGCCAAUCGCAUCCAGGCGUUCGGUUACAUGGAGUGCUCGGCCAAAACAAAGGACGGCGUGCGGGAUGUGUUCGAGAUGGCCACCAGGGCGGCGCUGACAGCCCGCAGAGGCAAGAAGAGCAACAAAUGUGCGCUCCUCUAA